GAAAAGGUCUGCACGCAUUUCUCAGCAGGGCUUUAGCACCCGGACUGUUCUUCAUGGAGUUGUACAUCGGCAUAGCUGGGACGAUCCUUGUAUAGUUGCGCGGCAUCGAGCUUAACCAUCUUCAUGUUUAUUGAGUCGUUCUUGCCUAUAUACUUACGCUGCUUAUAGAGGCACUCGACAAAGCACUAAAUCAAAAAGAUGGAGAUGGAGAGUGUGAUGGAGAUGAAUAAAUCAACUUGAGCUUAAGGUCAACCCACCGACAAAAACGAAAGUGUUUUAGCCGUAUCUUUGUCCCCGCUGGCUGGCAUUUUGCUAGAGUGUAUUGCAUAGCACUUUAAUAAAGAAUCCGUGGGUCCUAAAAACAUCGUGGAGCAGCAACCAGCACGCUGGCAAAACGUUAAGUACGAUAUAUAAAGCACACCAACUGGAUCAUAUUCAGAUUCCACAAUCUGAGGCAAAAUGCAGCGUGAAAUGUUUAUACUGUUUGCUUAUCUGUUUUGGCACUCCUUUGCAAUUCAGAUAGACUGCAAUACAACGGAGACCAUAAAUGAGGAUCACAUCCAUUUAUGCUGCAAACAUCCCGAUGGACACAACGAGCUCAUCGCCAAUUGCGCCAAGAAGCAUCACUUCAAGCUGCCCAAUGACAAGGAACAGUCCCUGAUUGAUCUCACAGCUGACCGUGCCAUAGCCGGCACUUGCUUUGCUCAGUGUGUCUUUAAGGACCUGCACUUUAUGUCAUCCAAUAGCCUGGACAUGGCUGCUGUACGCAAGCACUUCCAACAAACGUAUGCCGCUGAUGCCGAGUAUGCCAAGGAAAUGAUCAACGCCUUUGAUCAUUGUCAUGGCAAGAGCGAGGACAGUGCAGCACAGUUCUCUCAAUUAUUUAUUCAUUCCAAUAAGGAACACUGCGACCCAAAGCCCUCUGUUAUUCUGGCCUGUGUGAUUCGUGACUUCUUCCACAAUUGUCCAGCUAAUCGUUGGGCGAAGACUCCUGAGUGCCAACAAACCUUGGAAUUUAGCAAACAGUAAUGCUGGGACACUGAUCUUCACAUGGUCUGUAGAACACGCUUGCACUUUUUGGCAAAAUCUAGCGUCUCCAUGCACUCUGUAGUAUUGGACCAGCGACUUCUCGGGCAACUAUGAAAGAAGUGAAAGAUGACGCAAGACAAAAUGAUAGCCGCCAUGGGCUUGCAAUUAUGGAUCUUUCCAAUAGUAUAGGACAACACGCGCGUCGAUAGAAAGUCGGAUAUGGCUUUUUCCGCUGCAAGUAGUCAAUUAACAGAAGGACAUGGCCAGGGAUUAAGACUACUUACCCUUGGAGUGGCAUUGAUCGAAGGCGGCAAUCAUUUCCGAUUCAUAUUCGGGAUCGAGUUGAUGAAAGGUCUUGUAGUGAUUGCGCACCACCUGCAUGUCGAGUGCGUCGUGGUUCAGGAACUUGUAAUUGUCG